AUGGAUGAAUGCUUGCCCAAUUCAUGUCUACUAGGCGUCCAUCUCGUCAUUUCAACCCAUUCAGGACCACAAAUUGUUUAUCACUAUCCACCUUCCAAUACGGCAUUUCUAACAAAUAAUCCGACGAGACAUCAGCAUCUCUAUGUAAACCAUGAUGUACUGGGUAAGGACACAAAUAAGGGAGACAGCUUGUUCAAUUCUGGGUCUGCAAAAACAGCCUCCCAAUUGGCCCAAAAUGAAUCAUUGAGCAAUUUUAAUGCCACCAUUACUCCAUCAAUGACAAAUGCCAAUACUAAUAGUGGAACAUUACCUUCUACAAGGUCCCAUGCUAAUACUGUGGGAUCUCAAGGCUCAAUUCCUUUGGCAAGUAAUGGUUUAGCUAAUAGAGAUAACGACACAGGGAGCAACUCUGGGAUUUUUCAAUAUCAAGAAUCCGAAUCUGAAUCAUCAUCAUCAGGUUUAAGUGAUAGUGAGUUAUCCACAGACUACGUGGAUAUUUCCAGCGAUUCAUUUUCCAUAUCGUCUUCCUUAUCAUCGCCUUCUCUGUCCUCUUCUCCGUCGAGUUCAUCCUCAUCUUCCCCUCUGCAAGAUGGUUUAUCAAGGACUAAUUCGAGUUUCCAAUCCAUCGAUUCCAUGUCUCCAACCUCACCACAAAUAACCGUGAGCAACGAUGGUAUCUCAGUAUCAGAGUCAUACGUAGACCCCGCCACGAACUAUAAAGCAAAGUCCACUUCCAAGAGAUCUCAGAAUUUUUUCCAUAAAUUGAAUACCAAGAAGAGUACCGAUUCUAAAACGCAUUCUCCAAUAAGGAGACUCAAAUCUAAACCAUCACAAACUGCCAACAAAAGCAACAAGCUGUUUAAGAACAUCUCCAAUGAUACCGAUGGGAAUGCUUUCACUGGGAAUCACUCACUUUCUUCCAAAAAGUCGGUAUCAAGUGCAGGAGAGCAGAGUCAAGAUUUCCAUAAUAAUAGCCUCAAUGACACACCUGGCCAAUCACCACAACACUACCAUCACCACCAUAAGAACAUCGCAAAUAGCCAACGAAAUUUCUCGACACAGUAUGACACUGAAGAAGAUAUGGAGGUUUCAACAAUGCUGCAGGAUGGCAAAAUAUCCAUGAAUGAGAUUUUUUUCAAGGAGGAAAACUUUCAAGAUGUAAAUAAAAUUCUAGAGUUUGAUCAUGAUUUUGUUGCAGAAUUUUGCAGUCCCGAGAGGGAAAUGUGCAAUACCAGAUUCGAAUUCACGGUGGAUAAUUUCUGUUUUUUGGGCUUGCCAAUUCAUGUGGAUUCUCAGGGUAGAUGGAGAAAAUCCAAGCAUAAAAACAAAACUCGGUCUAAAAGAUCUUCAAGUACCACAACAAACGUCAGUAGAAAGAAGUCCAUUGCUUCCAAGAUUUCAUCGUUGAGUGAAAACACCUUAAAAAAAGUGAAUAGUGACGAGGUUGAAACUGAUCCUGACAACAAUGUAGGUAACAUGAACUAUACUGAUACUCCAAAUUUAAAGAUAAAUACCGACGUCGAUGGAAUCGAGUUUGAGAGGGAAAAAGAGGAUCUAGGCAAGAACAUGAACAUGUUUCAUGUCUGCUUUGUCAUGAAUCCACAUCUAGUAGAAUAUAACAAGAGAAUUGAUGAUAUGUAUCAGUUUGUUGUGACAAGGCUUUCUUUAUUGUUGAGAUACGUGCAGUCAAAAACCUCGUAUAUUUCUAGUGAAUGUCAUAUAAUCUUAAAAGAAAGAGAACGAGUAUUGAAGCAUUCAAAAACAUACCAGUCCAUAAAUGGCGCGGGCAACAAGGGGAAAUACUUAUAUCAAAGGAUUCUAGCGAAGUCCUCGUUGGCCAGAGCAUUAACAGAAUGCGUUGAUAAAAUUCAAAGAAAUGAAAUUGCAUGUCUUGAGAUAAGUGACGAUAAAGUAAUUUCUUUGCAAAUCCCGAUUCAAAAUGAGUUCGAAAAAAUGCCAAACUUUAAAUUACAACCUGUAUUGAGAGGCUCAUAUUUGACAUCCAUUUUAAAUAUGAAAUUUUUGGAAAAAUCCUCAUUAAGAAUUGAAGGUCAAAAUAACGAGGCUCAACAAAGCGAUACCAAUAAUAACAUAUAUAGAUUCGGCAACAACAUUAAUAGCACCGGGCAUUGUGGAGCACCCAAUGUUGAUGAUGGGGAUGAUAACGAAAGCAGUUACUUCUGUGACGAUAACGACGAUCUUCUGAAUUAUGCGUUGUUGUUACUAGAUGAGCCAAAUAAUAUUAUCAGUUCUCUCGAAACCUUUUCGUAUCAAGACGAUAUUGGCACCAUCAUACUAAAACAUUUGGUGAGGAACAUCCAACCGAAUGUUCCGCUAAUGUCGUAUCGCUAUUUGAUAAGUGAAUUACUAGAUAGCCCCUCUUCACAAGAUGACAUCACUGCAGAGACUAAUUCAUUGGAAUCGGGCGUUCUGCGCUCGUGUGCGUUGCAUUUAAUGUAUUGGAGACACGCAAGGGUAGUGAUCCCACUAAGUUCCAAAUACACAUAUAUCGUUUCGCCGUUGGCCCCUAUUCAAGGUUGUACCAUAGACGACUUCAAAAAUACUUUACAGAAUGAUGAACAAGUGAAAAAAGUGGAAAUUGCGAAAAACAAAGAGGAAAAAAGUGAUAGGAUACCUUUGAUCUAUCAAAAUUCGAUACUGUUUAGAUCCAAAUUCCCGUUGUUGCCCACCUUGCCCAUUUUCCUAAAUUUGUUAUCAGCGGAUAUACCUCAAGCAUACAGUAACAUAAUUCCGUCAAGAGAACACAAACCAGUUUACUUGGAUGCAUUGGCGUGGUUGAUACAGUACGGAUACGUAACUCAAUUGCUAACGUUCAUCAACAUCCGCGUGGACAAACAUAUAAAGAUGGCAGUGGACGAGGAUCUAGAGAAGGAGGGAUUCCGUAAGGCUAGUGCCGCUGGAAGACCGGGCCUGGAUUACAAAAAGACAGACAAAAAAUUGGAUGAUGAAGAUGGACAAAACAGAGAUGCCAAUGCCAACGAAGCAUGUGUGGGGAAGGCAGAGGGCGAGCAGCCCAACGAUGCUAACAAGAACGAAAACAAAGAUAAAAACAUGAAUGAAAAGGGAGACGAUGAACGUGACGAUAAUGACAUUGCUGUGGUCGAUGAGGAGGAAGUACUGCAUUUCGAAUAUGAUGAUCCGGAGAUGCAGCAUGACUAUACUGUGAUUUUGGAACCUGAAAGGGCCACAGCGAUUGAAAAAAGGUGGCUAUAUAGAUGCAUUCAUGAUCAACCUUCAGAUAUCCAGGUUCUUUUCAACAAGUUGCUCAAGUAUUUCAAUGGGAAGGUUCCCAUGGAACUAGUUAUCAUCAAAGAGGAAGUCAGCAGGCAUGACUUGAAAAAACUGCUAAAUGCUUUAGAUAAGUAUUUGAUCGAGGUCCAUCACUGGUGA